CAGCCCACGACCCCACCUACUGGUCAGACCAUCUCUUCUUCACAUCACAGCUACAAUUUGCAGAUUCGAGAUCACCAUGAAGAACGUCUGGUAGACAAAGCUUCUCCCCAAAAAACCCUUCUCUGUCUAUCUCUCUCUCUCUGUCUCUCUCAACUCAAUUGAUUAUAGUUUUACGCUGUUUACCUUUUGUUCUCACUAUCGCUUCAAUGGGGUCCGAUUUGGACUCCUCAACGUCCUCCGACGAUCCCAUACACGAAAGCCCUAAUUCUACUUCAAUCGAUCAGUCCCUCGACGCCAUCGAAGAUCAAUUAGCCUCAAUCGCAUUGACCCAACCGAACGGCGUUGCAGCCGACGAUGAAUCGUCCGAGCAAGAAGUUUUCAAGGACGCCCCAAAUGGGCUGCCUUUGGAUGAGGACAGUAAUCAGCAGGAGAGCAAGGGAGGUGAAAUCGGAGAGGAGGGUUUUGGGAAUUCAGUGCCUGAACCGUCUUCUGUGGAGUUUGAAGUUGUGGAGGAGGUUCGGGAGAGCUCGUCGAGUGGUGUUUUUGCGUGGAGGAGGACCAAUUCGGAGCUCGAAGUUGAGCGGCAGGAGAGCCCAAGCAGUAGUGGGUAUGCUGGUGAGAGAGGGAGUAGCAGUAGCACCAGUGUGUCUGAGAUUGAGGAGGUGGGUGAAGAUCAAAUUUGUGAAGUUGGGAAGGAUGAUUCUGUUGAUGGGGGUUCGGAUUGGGUUCCGGGGAAGCGGCAUCUCGAUGAAUGAAGUGCAGGAUGAUGCUUCUGUUUCAUGGAGGAAAAGGAAGAAGCACUUCUUUAUUUUGAGUAACUCUGGCAAACCAAUAUAUUCCAGAUACGGAGAUGAACACAAGUUAGCGGGAUUUUCAGCUACUCUGCAAGCAAUCAUUUCCUUCGUGGAGAAUGGGGGCGAUCGUGUGAAAUUGGUAAGGGCAGGCAAACACCAGGUAAUUUUUCUUGUGAAAGGACCAAUCUACUUAGUUUGCAUAAGCUGUACGGAGGAGCCUUAUGAGUCAUUAAGGGGGCAAUUGGAGCUUGUUUAUGGGCAGAUGAUAGUUAUUCUUACAAAGUCUGUAAACAGAUGUUUCGAGAAGAAUUCAAAGUUUGAUAUGACACCUUUGCUUGGAGGAACAGAUGUUGUCUUCUCUUCUCUCAUCCAUUCUUUCAGUUGGAACCCUGCCACUUUUCUUCAUGCAUACACGUGUCUUCCCCUUGCUUAUGCGACAAGACAAGCUGCAGGUGCCAUAUUGCAAGAUGUUGCUGAUUCAGGUGUCCUGUUUGCAAUAUUAAUGUGCAAACACAAGGUUAUCAGUCUUGUUGGUGCACAAAAAGCAUCUCUUCAUCCCGAUGAUAUGCUCCUACUUUCCAAUUUUGUUAUGUCAUCGGAAUCAUUUAGGACAUCUGAAUCUUUCUCACCAAUUUGCCUGCCAAGAUAUAAUCCCAUGGCAUUUUUGUAUGCUUAUGUCCAUUAUCUUGAUGUUGAUACAUACUUAAUGUUGCUUACUACCAGUUCAGAUGCCUUUUUUCAUCUUAAAGAUUGCAGGAUUCGUAUCGAAAUGGUCCUUUUGAAGUCAAAUGUUCUCAGUGAAGUUCAGAAAUCCAUGCUAGAUGGCGGCAUGCGUGUUGAGGAUUUGCCUGUUGAUCCAUCUCCUCGUUCUGGAUAUUCAUCUGCUCAUUUAGGUCAGCCCAGACUUGCAACAGAUUCUCCUGAGAGAUUCCGGGAAGCAUUUGUUGGUAUUGGUGGUCCUGCUGGACUUUGGAAUUUCAUAUAUCGUAGUAUUUACUUGGACCAAUAUGUAUCUUCUGAGUUCUCUUCGCCAAUCAGUAGUUCGCGACAGCAGAAAAGAUUGUAUAGAGCUUACCAAAAACUUUAUGCCUCCAUGCAUGAGGAAGGAGUUGGACCCCACAAAACUCAGUUUAGAAGAGAUGAGAACUAUGUUUUACUAUGCUGGGUCACCCAGGACUUUGAACUCUAUGCUGCAUUUGAUCCCCUGGCACACAAGGCUUUGGCAAUAAAGACUUGCAACCGGGUGUGUCAAUGGGUGAAAGAUGUGGAAAAUGAAAUCUUCUUGUUGGGAGCCAGCCCCUUUUCAUGGUGAUUCUCCCCCAAAAUAUAUCUUGUAACACAGUUUGUAUUCUAUUUUUUUUUUUUUUUGUAAUCCAUUCUAUUUUGCAUGGAUGUGAUUUUGCCUUCGUACACAGUGACCAUAUUUAAGUAAUCCCACUUUUUAUUUUUAGAAACAAUCAACAUUAGUAGUAAGCUAUGAUGUACGGAUACUUCAAAUAGGGUGACGUAUCCGUAUCAUAUCUGUAUCGGAUACUGAUACUCUUUGGAUACUCCCGAAUACGUAUCGGAUACUUAUUAAAAGUAUCGGAUACUUCUUAAUUAUUUUUUAUUAA